AACCCUUCCUCACCGGAAGUUGACAGUUAGCAUCUCAGUCAGUUUACCUUCCCGGUAAGAGUGAGACUGUCCAGGUGUAAAAAUGUUACCUUUAUCUAUAAAGGACGACGAGUACAAACCGGCUAAAUUCAACCUGCUGCUCAAACUGUCCGGAUGGUUCAGGUCAAUUUUAGCUGAUAAAACGUCCAGGAAUCUGUUCUUCUUCCUCUGCCUCAACCUUUCCUUUGCCUUCGUGGAGUUAACAUACGGCAUCUGGAGUAACAGUUUAGGUCUCAUCUCAGACUCCUUCCAUAUGUUCUUUGACUGCACUGCCCUGCUGGCAGGUCUUGCAGCAUCAGUCAUCUCCAGGUGGAGGUCCAACGACAGCUUCUCCUACGGGUAUGUUAGAGCAGAGGUUCUUGCAGGCUUUGUCAACGGACUCUUUCUCAUCUUCACUGCCUUCUUCAUCUUCUCAGAAGGAGUCGAGAGAGCUCUGGAGCCGCCCGACGUUCACCACGAACGGCUGCUUCCUGUUUCUGUGGCUGGUCUACUGGUCAACCUGGUCGGGAUCUUUGUGUUCCAGCAUGGAGGACACGGACACACACAUGGAGAUGGAGGUCAUGGCCACAGCCACUCUCUGUUCAACGGCAGCCUGAGUCACGGACACAGUCAUGGAGGGCACGGCCACAGCCAUGAAGGGCACGGAGGACAUGGCCACAGCCACGAUAAACAUGGACACGGAGGUCACGGACACAGUCAUGGAGGACACGAGGAUUCGCAUUGUCAAAAUGAGCUGCAGCGCCCAGGAGAAGGCUCCAGUAAACAGAUCCUACAAGGAGUCCUCCUUCACAUCAUCGCAGACACUCUGGGAAGUGUUGGUGUGAUCAUCUCUGCUCUCCUGAUGCAGAAAUACGAUCUGAUGAUUGCUGAUCCUAUCUGCUCCAUGCUGAUCGCCCUCCUCAUCGGAGUCAGUGUGGUGCCGCUGCUGAAGGAGUCCAUCGGUAUCUUGAUGCAGAGAACUCCACCAUCACUAGACAACGCCCUGCCAGAGUGCUACCAGAGGGUGCAGCAGCUGCAGGGGGUCUACAACCUUCAGGAACCGCACUUCUGGACUCUGUGUACGGACGUUUAUAUCGGAACUUUAAAGCUGUUGGUGGCGCCCGACACCGACACACGCUGGAUCCUCAGCCAGACGCACAACAUCUUCACUCAGGUCGGAGUCCGCCAGCUGUACGUUCAGAUCGACAUCGCCGCCAUGUAGAAGCUUCUCCUCCAACCCGGGGACCAGUCACAUUCAGUCACCUGCUUCCGGGUGACCUUUAACCCCCUCCAUGCAGUAAGGGGCGCUGGGCGCGCAAAGAACUGAAGGACUCAAACAGCUGCGCCCGUGUUCUCUGUUUUAUAAUUACUAAUUGGACCUGUUCGGGUUCGGUGGGCGACUUGUUCUCCUCGCUCCUCCUGCUCUAAACUUUGUUUACAGCAAAGUAUUCUGGGUAAGUGCCUUCAUCAGAGACAAUCUGAGCCCCUCCCACUAUUGGUGACAUCACAAGUGGUAUCUGCUGAUUGGUUCAGUGUAAUGUCACCACUUACGUUAUUUUUAUGAUUUUUUUUUUUUUUUUUUUACCGUGCCAAACCUUGUGACCAAAUCAUGUGACCUGUUAGUGGGAUUUUUUAAAAACUGUAAUAAAUCAGUUCCUCAGUUA